AUGCGGAAGCAGAAGGGGCAGAGGCAGAACGGUCAGACUGAGCUAGAGCUGGCUCUUCAUACUCCUCUAACUGUUCAGGCUGCUCAGCCUGCUCAACUUGCUCUGGAGCUGGAUCCUAAGCAUGAGAAGGCUCUGCGGGCUCCUCUACUCUCUAUCGUACUCUCCUCUCAUACUGUCGACGGGCAACUAAACAAGGUCUUGGAUUAUUGUGCUGAGUGUGGUAUCCAAGUGAUCAGUUCUACUUCAUAUUUUGCCCAAUCAAAUAGGCAGGCAGAAGCUUCCAACAAAGUAAUUCUCAAUAUCCUUGAAAAGAUGAUUGAGAAUAAUCCAAAGGAGUGGCAUCACCUACUUUUUGAGGCUCUUUGGGCUUACAGAAACUCAAAAAGAUCAAGUACGGGCGUCACUCCAUAUAUGCUUACAUAUGGACAUGAUGUCGUUCUUCCAAUGGAAAUAACUAUCAGGUCUGCAAGAGUGGUUUUCCAUAAUAACCUAACUCCAGCAGAUUACAACCAUGCCAUGUUGGUGGAGUUGGAAGACCUUGAUGAGGUCCGUCUUAAUGCAUUGGAUCAUAUUAUUGCUCAAAAGAAGAAAGUCAUGCGAGCAUACAACACGAAGGUCAAGGCAAAGACAUUUGUGGAAGGAGACUUGGUAUGGCAGGUCAAGUUUCCACCUGGGGUUAAAAGUUUGAAAUAUGGAAAAUGGACACCUAAUUGGGAAGGCCCAUAUUUAGUGGAACGAGUCCUUAGAAAAGGGGCUUAUAGAUUGAUGGACAUAGAUGAAAAAUCCCAUAAGCACCCUGUGAAUGGAGUAUACUUGAAAGAGUACCACCCUUCCAUCUAUGAAAACUGGAAAUCCAUAAUCAUUCAAUCAGCCACGUAA